UAGUGGGUCGGAAACUGAACUGGAUAUUCCAUAGCAAAUUGUUAUUUAGCUCGAUAUAGAUCACUGGUACAACAAUCAGUUGUCACCGUCACCAGUUGUUAUUUCAAAGUAUGAUUGCAUUAUGAUUGAGGACUAAGGCUAUUCUAAUUGUAUUGUUUCAAGGUACAGGAUAUUACAGGAUAAAAUAUGAUAUUUUAACGAGUGUCAAAUUGUUUUCGUAGUAAAGCGUAAACUUACAUUGCGUUACAAAAUGAAAACUGGAAGUAAAACUAAAAUUAUGGGCAAUGGAAUGUGUUGGCUACGACCGUGGAAUUUAGAUUACGUGAUGUUGUUGAUUAUGCUUGCUGCAGUACUCUGUACACGUAAAAUUCGCGUUAAUUUUACAUACUAGUACGUACAAAAAGUUUCCAUCUUUUGCGCACUAUAAUCUUACAGUAAUAGAGGAAAGUGAAGAAAACAUAAUUAACCCAUCAACCCAAUUUCCAUGAAACCUAAAACCAGAUCAUUUUCAGAUAUCCAGUUUACCAUGUUAUGCUCCAAAGUUUUUAUCUAGAAGCAUUCACAAUUCCUCCAGGAAAUUUCCGAGUCCACAAAGGCGAUUAAAAAGUCUCGUUUCCAUGACUAACCGCGGCGAGAUAAAUCACGGUCCGUCGAACGAAUUGAUGGAAUUUGUUCGGUAGGGUUUUUGAGGAUCUAUGUAAGAAGAGAGGAGGCCGGUACGAGCCCGCAUUCCUGCGAAAUGCCAAUUUCGCGUCGAAUUAGAUAACAUUGUGCGGCGUUUAUUUUAGAUUCGUCGCGUUCGCGACUCCUCCGACGGACUCCUUGGCAAGAGCCUCGAACGAGUCUCCUGUGACGUUUCAUUUCAAACAAUUAAACAAACAAAACACAAACAUUAAACAAGCAUCAAAACAAUUUCAUUCUAUCUUCGGAACACGUUUCGAUUAAUCUUCUUGUUGAAAAGAGUCAGUCUGAUUAUUCUGUAUUCUUAAAGCCGCUUCUCGCAGUAUCAUGAAACGUUUGCUAGCUAAAGUGUGUCAUUUUCGCAAUAGUCUAGUGUGUAAUCGACCGUAAACAAUAGUCUUCUCGCAUUGGAAUAGUUGAAUCAUUCUAUUAUGUUACGAGGUUCAUUCUGGUAUUUUAAUGAACGAAGGCACGAUGGAUUUUAUUAUAUCAUUUUUGAAUCAUGUUGAGAUUUUAGUUGUUUCGAGUCCUGAACCUAUGGGGGGAAUAUAGGAGUGGAACUAGGUUUCUUAUCGAAAACUGAUUCAUUGGUAUUUGAUAAAACAUAAAUCAUCAUGUAUCCUCUUCGUUUCUCUUCCAUUUAAGAAACCCGGUAAUAUUUUCUUCAAAAUGUAAGAGGAGUUUUGAAGAGAAAAUAAUAUCUAAUUUCUUAGUUAUAAAUCUAGAAAUUAAUUUCCUACUUUUACAAUAUUAAAAAGAAUUGUUCGUAUCAAAUUUUAUAAGGUCCAUAAAUUCAUAUUAUUUAGGAAUAUCUACCUUCCGUGGCUUCUUUUUAAAUUGAGGGUGUAAAUCAAGGAGAAUUGAUUUAAAUGACACAGUGAAGAAUGUGUAUGGUCAGAAAAAGGUGUAGCUGCAAAGUGUGACGCAUUAGAGAAAAGGUUCCACUUUCGAGGGCAAUCGGGAGCAUGACGACGCGUUCGUGGCGAUGAUUUUCAUAAAUCAUCGAGUUGCUCCUCUCUUCUCUCUCUCUUUUCUCUCUCUCUCUCUCUCUCUCUCUCUCUCUAUCUAUCUAUCUAUCUAUCUAUCUCUCUCUCUAUCGAAACGGACAGCGAAGCAUAACGAGCCCCGGUUCUCGAGAGUGUGACUGGUUCCUCCUGUGUGUGGUUUGUUGUGAUGGAAUGCCGUGCCUCGAACCUGUUCCGAAUACCAGACGUAGUUGCAUCUGCCUGCGGAUGAUGGCGCAUUCUGUGACUUUCUCGAUGACCAAAAAUACGUUUGCCCGGUCGGUUCUGCUACUUAUCGGCGUGGUCAAUGAUUUCAAUAUGAUACCAGAGGGUAAAUUCGAGCAACUUAAUUUCUCGAUGAUCUUACCUUUGUAGAUUAAAAUAGAUUCGCUAUCAUACUUGUCAAUUUUUAAAUGAACUGUGGAUCGGAAUCUUUUUAUUUCGAAUACAAAGAAGCUCAAGCAAUAUACCAAUGUAGAGAAUAGAGAGUCUGAUAGUUUUUGGGUUUCUGAGAAUUCUGCAGAGAUAAUUUUUUUUUAAAAAUAAGUAUUAUUUCAAAUUUAUUUUUUUACUAGAAAAUGGAGAGCACCGUUUCGAUCGAUAUUUAGAUAUUAAUUUUCACUACGUGUAGUUAGCAGGUUUCUUUUUAAUUCAGCACAUUCCAUAAAAUGUGAAUUAUGCUCGUCUAGCAAGAAUAUCAAAUAGAUAUAUAUAUAUUUCAAUUAAAUUCAGAUUUUUGAAGCACGAGGAAGAAAUAUAGCAAGCGUGUUCGAAAUGUAUUGAAGUAUUCGACGAAUUCACGCCCACGAAACCGCGAUUCGCUGGUGUACGGACGUCUGAUAACCAUACGCGAUUACCUGGUUGCGUUGCUAUUAAAAUGCCUAGCAUUCCUCCUCAAUGCCUCACGAUUCCUCGAGGAUAACUUGCCACCUUGAUCUUGCUUAGGUAUCACACGACUAACAAUAAUACAGAGUUCCAUGGCUUGCCAAAAUCGAUAGGCUUCAAGGUUGUUGACCUAUUCUCACUAAUUUUUUUAUUUAUUCUCUAGACUUUGAUUUGAACGUGUGAAAUAUAUUUGAAAAUAAUUAGAUUCAUGUCGUCUUUCCAUCUUCGAAUAUUAAUUCUAGAAGCAUAGGUACAUACAAUUACAACAGAAUAUAUUAUAUUGUAAUAAUAUUCAAGGUCGUCUAUACCAUUAUUGAAAUUAUAGAUUUUUUUUAUGGUAACAAUGUUGAUGUUCACAGAGCAUGUAAUUAUUAUUUUAAAAAUGUGUUGAAAGUACAGAUACGUAUGUAUUGUUGUCCAAAAGUGAAUUAAAGAAGGGCAUCGAAGGUACUUUCGAGACAACUGACAGUAUUCGAAUUCGAGUACUUUGGAGAACUAAUGGGAGGAAUUCGAGGAUCCUUAUCAGGCGAAUUUUUUUCGCCGACGUGACGGCGUUAGACGUAGUGUGCACGUGUACUGGACGCACAUGUGCAUCGAUCGCUUACCUGCUACGGAAAAAAGGGGAAAGAGGAAGAAGAAAGAGGAAAGAAGCGAGUUAGUUGGCCAGAGGUGCCUGUAUCCCUUAAUACACACACUGUUGCAGCCAAAUAGCGAUGGCUUUCAAUCACACACCUUCAAAUUAAUCCUAAAACAAGCAUUGGAUAAUACUCAAAUCAGGAAAUAUUAAACCAUCCGUUCUUCUAUAUGGUAAAAUAUCUGAAUUAAUUUCCACGCUAUGUUUGAUAUAAAAAUUAAUUACUUUUUUAAUAGGGUUUUCAAAAACUCCUCUUCGAAGUUUCCGAAGAUAAUCUUAUCUUAGGACUAAUAUUAGAACAACACUAAUAUCGGCAUUCUACAAGCUCUAGAAAGUUUCAAAAGAUACUAAUCUACAUCUAUAUCCAUGUAUAUAUAUUACAUUAGAAGAAAUUUGUUCAAGAAUGAUUGAUAAAACGGAGCCAUCGCUAGAUCCAAGCGUGCAGACCGUGUGCAUGUGUAAAAGGCAAGCUUCACCAGCUGUGGAGGGGGCAGACGACGGGACGAGGCGGAUGAAUGAAUGAAUCUUAAGACAGUCGUGUUAAGAGGGGCAUUCACGAAUCCACGUAUCUCUGACUCUAUCUAUCUUUCCAGAAAACUCGCAUCCAAUGUCCCCAGUCGUUCCAUAUCCUUUAACGUGCUAGUUUUAACAAUCUGGUGAUCCUCCAGCCUGGGUCAUACUUGUAAGAGCCAAUGGUCCUGAUUUCUGGCCGACGACCGGUCGAAUUCGUCGAUAGAUCGCGUCACGCCGCUUUCUUCGAGUUCUCCUCGAGGCUACCAGGACAUCAUGGAAGCCACUUUCUUCGGUGAGAAGAAGAUCCUCCCAUGGAAAGGAUAUUCCGCGUAUUCUAUUCUCUGAAACCGAUUUCGUAAGAAAAGAAAAAAACAAGGAGAAGAUUGUAAAAAGUGGCUUGAAAUCUGUGCAAUUUUUACAAUUUGAUGGGAACCAGUCGGUGGUUCACGAUAUUCUGCGCUUCUUCGAGCUCUAUGGACCGUCUAUGAGAGAAUAAGAAAGGAGGAAUCAUUGAUUUAUGAUUAAUCUUGUUGGUAUUCAUGGUGGUUGCAAGUUGGGUUCAUGACACCUGAAGAUUUUUCGAAGCAUGGAGAUCUCGCCGAGGAGAAGGUGUUUCUGGCAGCCGUGGCUCACUACGGAGAACUUUCAAACGGUAUACAAACCCGGAGAAGAGAGGCCGAAGACGACGAAUCUCCACCGGAAGCCGAGUAGCGCGUGGCGUAAAGAGCGUAGGAGGGAUCCUAUCCAAAGUGAAGCUCUGGACAUGUCCGCAGCCAGGGUCCAUCAUCAUCAUCAUCACAGCAGGCCCAGCGUGAUUGUUCCUACCACACCGCAACCUGGAACAACUAUCGAGGACACGGCAGUGACGCCCACCCCAUCACUGACGCCGUCGGCGGCAGCAGGAGGCCAAAGAACCGGGGUCAGAACUGUGGGUGGUGUGAGUGACCCUGCAAUAGACGAGCAUUUCAAGCGAUCUUUAGGCCUAGAAGAGUACGCUGCAGUUUUUAACGCCACCACUACUGACAAAGAAGCAGGCCUCAGUGUGGAUGAUCACUUUGCAAAGGCUCUUGGGGAAACCUGGACAAGGCUGCAGGCAACCAGCAGAAGCAAGGACUCGACCUAACUGCCGGACAGUUAACCAAAAGUCUUCACAAUCAUCGUUGCGUUGUUGCUGUUGCUUCUGUUUUCUUCAUUGUGACAUCCAGUGUGGUUCCAUUACCUGUUUAAUUAAUCCAUAAAUUAACGUGAAAUCGCUGUUAAUAUCCGUAGAAGAAACAGUGGGAGCAACCAAUGAACUCUGUAUUAAUAUUAUUAUAAUAUUAUUAUUAUUACUAUUAUUUUUGUUUGUUUCGCGUGGGAAGCAGAACGAAAGAGUACCUAAGUGUCCUUGAAAUGUCAUAGAUGCUCUUGGGUGCAAUCGACGGCGUACCGCGAUUUUUCUAACUUCUUGGGACAAUUGUACUCGAGAUACUGUAUAUAUAGACGCGUAUUCUUUUAAUCAUGCCAUCAUCGCGGCCUCAGAGGCCUCAAGUUAUUUAUUAUACGAUGUUCCAUACUGCCUCGCUAAAUACUAGAUCCGUUCAUUUCUUUUAACUUCUUCUUGCUGCAGUAAGAAUUUGAAGAAAAGAAGGGAGAUUUUUAAGAAAAUUAACGAAGAUUAACCUUCUACAGUUCUAAUUACAUUCUAUGUGUAAUUGUGCCGAAUUUCUGAUACUUUAGUCUUUCGUUACAAAUAUACGUUUCUCGUAAUGUCCACCAAUAGUAUAAAUGACACAAAGAGGAAUUGUAUUUUCCUCUAAAAUUAAAAAGAUGAUAUUGAAAAAGAAUAAAACGUCGAAUUCGGCUCGAUGUAGAACCGUAUGGAGUUAAAACUACUGCAGCUGUUGGAAGAGAAAGUAUAAUGAACGGUGCGACUUGUACGUAAUUAAUUAUUCGCCUAAUCGUAUUACGUGUAAAUAUAUAUGUAUUUAGUAUAUAUGUAUGUAUGUUACAUAUAUUUCGCAAUACAUAUAUAUAUAUAUAUAAGUAAUGCGUAUGUUGUAAUUAUAGAAAACCGAGAGUCUUUAUAAAGAACGUAGAGGAUAAGCACGAAACCGUAUAAAUUGAACCGGUUGUUGCACAAACUUGUAACACGUGUUCACCUCGUGUAACUAUAUAUAUAAUUAUAUAUAUAUACACACAUUGUAUCAAAGAGAAGAGAAAAAAGAAAACGAAAGAGGAUACAUAA